AUGGUCAGUCCGCCCCUGCCAAUGGGUAAAGUGCAAAUAGUCUUGCUGUACAAACAAUAUCAGGCCCCCGAAGGGUACGGGGCCCAGACAAUACCAACAAUACUAUUCAUCUAUUUUCCUGUGCCCCAAAACAGAAUGUCACACUUGGACUUUACUGUCAGUAGAUGCUAUAAAGCAGGGGCGGACUGACAACUCAUGGGGCCCCCAGGCAAUAGGGGAUCAUGGGGCCCCUGUGUCCUUGCCCAAACUCAAAAAAGCCUAUGAAAAAGGUACCAGGGGCAUCUCAUGGGGCCCC